CUGCAUAACCUAGGUUUAUCAACAUCAGCCCUUCUCUCUCGAUCGCCUCCCUUCGUUCUUCCAUUAUAUAUUUAUUCUCAGUUCGGCCGUCGAAAAACCCUAGCUUCGUGUCUUCUCACCAGUCUGUAGCUACUUCCUGGGAAAGACAAAGCUCCGAAAAUGAGCAAACUUCAGAGUGAUGCGUUGAGAGAAGCCAUUUCAUCUAUCUUUGCUGAUAGCGGUGAAAAGAAGCGCAAAUUCACUGAGACCAUUGAACUUCAGAUUGGACUGAAGAACUAUGAUCCACAAAAGGACAAGCGUUUCAGUGGUUCAGUGAAGUUGCCCCAUAUCCCUCGCCCUAAGAUGAAGAUCUGCAUGCUUGGAGAUGCUUCACACGUUGAAGAGGCAGAGAAGAUUGGUUUGGAUUAUAUGGAUGUUGAAGGUCUGAAGAAGCUAAACAAAAACAAGAAGUUGGUGAAGAAACUUGCCAAGAAAUACCAUGCCUUUUUAGCAUCUGAAGCUAUUAUCAAGCAAAUUCCCCGUCUUCUGGGCCCUGGGCUCAACAAGGCAGGAAAGUUCCCUACCCUGGUCACUCACCAAGAAUCUCUUGAAUCUAAAGUAAAUGAGACUAAGGCAAUGGUUAAGUUCCAAUUGAAGAAGGUUCUUUGUAUGGGUGUUGCCGUUGGCAAUAUUGCCAUGGAAGAGAAGCAAGUUUUUCAGAACGUUCAAAUGAGCGUCAAUUUCCUUGUUUCUUUGUUGAAAAAGAAUUGGCAAAAUGUGAGGUGCUUGUACCUGAAGAGUACAAUGGGGAAGGCAUAUCGAGUCUUCUGAGGAAUUUUCAUAGCCUAGAUAACAGUUCUGUUUGUUCUUAAAUCGAAGAAGUUGAGAUAAGAUUUCUAUAUUUAUGAUUGAUGAAAAAUUUUCCUGUUUGUUUCCUUUUAGCAAACCAUUAGCUGCACAAUCGUCAACACUUGUGAUGGGAGUAAUGUGUUUUUUGUUUCACUCUA